AUGUCUAUGGACACUGCUUCUGAAGAAUGCAACAUGUCCAUAGCUGAUAAUGAUGCAACUAGAGUACAAUUUCUAAAGGACUCCAUUGACCCAUCCACUACAUGGGAUACACUUCACGUAACUAGUGCUACUACUGUCACUCAGCUGUUAAUUUCAGACCAAGACUACGCCACGCUCGUAAUAAUAUUUUGUUCUAUAUUCGGAGUAAUUACUUUUGCCGGAUGCUUAGGGAACGCCGUAACCAUAGCGACGUACCUCUCCAUGAAGCUCAAAGAUGGCGUCACGAUAUCGUUUCUUGGUUUGGCCAUCUCAGACUUCCUCUACGUCAUCACCAUGCUGGCCCACUUGAUCUCGCUUGGACUUUACACACUCGAACGCAAGAGCUCCUUCAAGAUUUGGUUUCCCUUUGACCCUUUCGGCAUCUACGUCUUCUUCUCCAACAUCGGGGUCUUAAUUUAUCUUAUCACGAUCAUGGCCACAACUUUCAUCGCCAUCAUUCGAUGCCUGUGUGUUUCUAUGCCUCUACAGUUCAGAAAUCUUUUAACCAGGAGGAGAUCCAUUUGGUGCAUAACAAUCUUUAGCCUUGUGUCUGUGGUCAGCUAUCUACCUAUACUUCUCAACAUGACCAUGCAGAGAUCGUUUGAUGCUAACAUCAACACCACGCGUUACAGACUUUGGGUGUCUCCAUACCGUGAAGAAAUCAAAAUGGCGAUUUGGAUUUCUCGAGACGUGUUGGUGACGUUCAUUACGGAAGUGAUUGUCAUCGUCUGCGUAGUCGUCAUGACGAAGAAACUGCAAGCAGCUGCGAAAUUCCGAAACAAGACAGCGAAAUAUUCUGUGCGUCCGACUUUAUCACCUGUCGCAGUUGCUGGGAUUCAGGCCACAUCACUUGUACGUGACAGUAAAAUAGCAACUAUUGUAAACUGUGAACCAUCUGAAACUCAGUCCAACAAACUCAGCUCUAAAGACUUUUCUGUAGUACGUCAGGUAGUGCUUAUCUCAUCCGUUUACAUCGUCUGCAACAUGCCGAAGAUUGUUAUCGAUCUGGCCGUCUUAUUCGUGCCGGACUUAGCUUUGGGAAGGCCUUACCAGAACGUUUACAUUACCGUCCUUGGAAUAAUGGAACUUUUACAAGUUUUUAAUUCUAGUUUUAAUAUUUUCAUCUAUUUCAAAUACAAUUCCAAGUUUAGAAAACAUUUGUGUUUAUUCAAAAGCAAAACUUAA